UUCCAGCUCCUAUCAUAAUACAAUACCGUUAACUGAAGUUCACCCAAUAUAUCGUCCUUUGUAAGGCCCAAUCUCUGUCCAAAAAUGAAAAAAUCGCGAAAUUUGUGAAAGAAGAUACAGUUGAAAAGUUACGAAGGAUACGUGCACGUUAAAUUGUGAUACGGUAAUAUACAAAGAAUAAGCUAUUCGGGCAUUAAUAGACGGUUUCAAAAUGGAGUAGUUCAAUCAUCGGAUUUGUUGUUAUUCGGCAAUAAUAAAAGAAGUUAACAAUUUUUUCUCGAUAAACCGAUACGGUGACGUUAAUCUGCAUGAAUUCGUGGUUAUUGUCGGUAUUAUUGUGGUUUACUAAUGUUUGUGUAUUGUAUAAACUUCGUCCUGCAAAAUCGUUGAAUGUAUGACCUCUAUGCUCAUAUUUUACGAUUUUAAACCUAUUUUGGAUUAAUGUAAGUUAUGCAGGAGAAGACAAAGAUAGCGCGGGCCUGGGGCAUGCUCUGGGUUAAUUCUUCAUGGUGGUAAGGGCCGCUCGCACUGGAGCGGUGGCUGGAGGCAGAGCCCUGGCGGGCCUGUGGAUAUUGCUGCUGGCGGGUCUGUGGAGCCGCGCCUUUGGAGGGCUACUCCUGGCGCAGUUUCCAGGUCCCGUCGAUCCGCCGUUGCGGUUUUCGCAUAUGGCAGUGGAUCGUCAAACCGGUUAUCUUUUCGCUGCUGCUACAAAUCAUCUCAUACAGCUGGAUCCAGAUCUACGCCUUAAACAUAUUGUUACCACUGGACCGCAUAAUGACAGCCCACUUUGUCAUGCAGCCGGGUGCCAGGGUACCGAUAUUCCGACGUUACUUACAAAUAAUUACAACAAGAUUUUGGUGAUUGAACCGGAGAAGCGCAUGCUAAUCUCGUGCGGAUCGUUGUCGCAAGGCGCUUGUUAUAAAUAUCGGUUAAGUAACAUCAGUGCACCAGGUGAAUUCAUUCCUAUCAGCAUAGCUGCGAAUGAUGAGCUUGCGACCACGUACGCGUAUAUCGGACCAAGAAAUUAUAACCCAUGGGGAAGACCGCACGUUCUUUAUGUUGGCACUACUUUUACAAACAACGGAGAGUAUAGGCACGAUGUUCCAGCAAUUGCGAGUAGAGAUCUGGACACGUUAGACAUUGCCGAAUUUUCAUUCUCGAAACAGUCGUUAAUAAAUAUCGACGUAAAAUACAGAGAUCAUUUUUUGGUGCAAUACAUUUAUGGGUUUAAUGCUAGCGAUUUUUCGUAUUUUGUAAUUGUGCAAAAACAGUCGCACUUACCAGGACAGGAAGAGCAAGGAUACGUGUCGCGCUUAUCUAGAACUUGUAUCAAUGAUGCCAAUUACGAUAGUUACACAGAAGUUACUUUACAAUGCGUCGAUGGUGAUCGUAGAUAUAAUCUUGUUCAAGAUGCUAAAAUCGCAAUUGCGGGGGUGGAACUCGCCGCUUCCUUGGGAGUUUCGCCGGGCACCGCCGUUUUGGUUACUGUAUUUCAACCGGCCCGAGGAAUUACUAACGAACCGCAGCCCCACUCCGCAUUGUGUCUGUACCCUUUGCGAGAUAUCGAGGCGAAAUUUAACGAAAAUAUUCAUAUGUGUUUUAAUGGUAGCGUUAAAUAUCGUAACAUGGGAUACAUAUCUGGACUCAUACAAGACGGCAAAUGUCCUGGAGCUGGUAACGCGGGAAAUAUUUUAAAUUUUUGCGAAGUGGGUUUAAAGAUUAGUGGCAUUAGCCCUAUAACGGCGAGUGCGUCUUUGACGUUUCCGAACACUUCUUUAUCGGCCGUAGCUACAGCUUUAACCGGACGUCAUGUUCUCGCUUUUCUGGGUACUAACAAUGGCCGUAUCAAAAAGGUGCUACUUUCGGGUGGUGAUCCCACCGAGUACGAGGAAGUGGUUGUUGAUGAUGGAAAUGCUAUUCUACCUGAUACAACUCUUUCUCCAUCGGGGGAUUAUCUGUAUGUUUUAUCUACCUCUAAGAUCUCAAAAAUAAAUGUAGAACACUGUAGUAGUUACAAUAACUGUUCGGCGUGUUUGGAAUCGAAGGAUCCAUAUUGUGGUUGGUGUUCAUUAGAAAAAAAGUGUACAGUGCGUAGUGCGUGUCAAAAGGCUUCUCACAGUUCUCCUCGUUGGUUGUCUUUGGGCACAGGUCAACAAUGUAUCGAUUUUGAGCAAGUGCUUCCUGAUCGCAUUCCUAUUAAUCAGAUGACUACCGUCCGUCUUACAAUACGUACUUUACCUGAACUUCCUUACGGUGCUAAAUAUAAAUGUGUGUUCGGUUCGGCCGAGCCCAUCGAUGCUGUAGUGACAGACUUUGGUUUAUCAUGUGUGACGCCAGAUAUUUUAAGUAGGCCACAAAUUUUAGGGAAGCAAGAUCACGUGUUAGUACCUCUUAGUGUUCGUUCUUCGGAAACCAAUAAGGACUUUGUCUCGCGAAAUUUUGCCUAUUAUGACUGUUCACAACAUUCCACUUGCAUGGAUUGCGUAAAAUCGCAAUGGGCGUGUAAUUGGUGUAUAUACGAGAACAGGUGUACACAUAAUACGUCGACGUGCCAACGGACUAUUAUCAGUGGAGAAAAUAAUCCCAUGCAUUUAUCAAAUCACGGAGUCGACUCGUGUCCAAGAUUUCGAAAGAGAGAUAUUAUUUUUAUUCCUAAUAACGUUCCGAAAGAAAUGGUAUUCGAAGUGGAAAAUUUACCACAUCCGCAACCGGGACAUACAGGGUUUCAGUGCAUUGUCAAUUUCGAAGAUGCCAAUAUGCUUGUGCCGGCACGAGUAGAUUCCAAUAAUAAAUAUAUCGUCUGCGAUCGAACUACGUACACCUACAAAAUGAAGACUGGGGAAUAUAAAGCGAAUGUACGUGUAAUAUGGAAUCGUAAUCAUCACGUUGAUUCGAUGAGUGUUAUAUUGUAUAGAUGUGAUAUUCUUGGUUCACAUCGUGAACAUCCAGAUUGUUCACUUUGUGUUACCCGAAAUUCUAAGUAUCAAUGUACUUGGUGUGGAAAUACGUGUAAUUAUAAUGAGACCUGCCAGCAUGUUUCACAUACCGAGUGUCCAAAGCCUCGAAUAGAUGUGAUUAAGCCUUUGAGUGGGCCAAUUGAGGGAGGUACCCUUGUAACAAUAGAAGGAAGUAAUUUAGGUUUAAAGAAGGAAGACGUAAUGGGUAAAAUCCAAAUAGGAGAUGUUCCAUGUGAACUUGUCAAUUAUGAAGUGUCUGUAAAAAUUCAAUGUAUAUCUGGAUCGUCUCCCAUGGAAACUAUUGCGCCCGUUAUUGUCGGAAACGAAGCUGGAUUCACGAAGUCGUCGGUUGAAUUUAGUUACAAGAAUAUACGACUUACGGGAGUUUACCCACCAAUUGGUCCCCAAUCUGGAGGCACACAGUUAGCGAUAAGUGGACAGUAUCUUAAUAUAGGGUCUGAGAUUACAGCGUAUUUGGACAGUUACGUUUGCCAAGUGAAUUUAACACAAGCAUCAAGUAGUCGACUAACAUGCAUCACUUCUAAAGCCUCAAAACCCAUAAACAUUGAAAAAUUAACACUUUCUAUCGACGGAGCUAACCGCACUUUAGAAGGCAAUCCGUUUAAUUACACCCAAGAUCCGACAAUAAUGGAAGUAAAACCUUUGAAAAGUUUUGUAUCUGGUGGUCGUAUGAUAUUUGUGCACGGGUCUAAUUUGGAUAGCAUACAAAAACCGGAAAUGGAGGUCUAUUAUUACAAUGAACCGGUACCCGUAAAUAAAACAGUCUGCACAGUAUUAAGUUCCACACAAAUGGAGUGUCCAAGUCCUGCAGUGAAUCGUCAAUUUCUCAUAGCGAGUACUCGCGUUAGUAGAUCUGUUACUGGCCGAAAGCAUUCACUCGUCAAGAUAUCAGAAGCGCAGCUCAGUCUCAAAUUCGGUUUCAUUAUGGACAACGUGGUCGCUGUGAGAGAUCUGGAAAAGCACUUUUCCAAUUUGCGUUCCCAAUUAUUAUAUGUCGAAGACCCCAAGUUUUUCGAAUUUCCAAAUUUGAUUAAGUCCUAUAAAGGUGACACGCUGGUAAUCGAGGGAGAAAAUUUAAAUGUAGCAAGUGACGAGGCAGAUGUGAUAGUUACAAUUGGUACCAAGCCGUGCAACGUCACCAGUUUAGCGCUUAUUCAAUUGGUUUGCUCUCCCCCGGAGCAGCAACCAGCUGAUACUGAUGAAAAUGGGGUUAAGACUGAGGUGAAUCUUCCAUUGGUUGUCGUACGCGUAGGUAAAAAUAUUCGAUUUACGAUAGGAUACUUACAUUACGACGUGUACAAAUCAUUUAUUUUUCCUCCAACCGCUAUAGCUAUGAUAAUAGCGGGAAUACUGCUAUUUAUAAUAUUUUUUAUUGGCGUUUUAAUUAUAUACAGACGAAAGUCGACACAAGCCGAACGAGAGUAUAAACGAAUACAGAUUCAAAUGGAUACUUUAGAGAGCAAUGUUAGAUCUGAAUGUAAGCUGGCCUUUGCGGAACUACAAACAGACAUGACUGAUUUAACUGCAGAUUUAGAGAGCUCUGGAAUUCCUGCUCUCGAUCACAUGAGUUACAUAAUGAAGGUGUUUUUUCCUGGCGUAAGCGAUCAUCCUAUAUUGAAUGCACCUAAGAUUCGUAUUAAUGGUCCUAGAACUAAUUAUGAUACGGCGAUGUUGCAGUUUGAACAGUUAAUUAAUAGCAAACAUUUUAUUCUGGUUUUCAUAGAGACUUUGGAGACUCAAAAGUCUUUUAAUAUUCGUAAUAAGGUUAACGUUGCAUCCUUAUUAAUGGUUGUGUUAAUGGGUAAAAUGGAAUAUGCGACAGAUAUUCUAAAAUGUUUAAUGUUACGACUUAUUGAUAAAUCGGUUAACACUAAGCAUCCUCAACUAAUGUUAAGAAGGACAGAAAGUGUUGUCGAGAAAAUGCUCACAAACUGGAUGGCAGUAUGCAUGUACUCGUAUCUCAAAGAAUACGCGGGCUCGUCAUUAUUUUUAUUAUUCAAAGCCAUUAAACAUCAAAUUGAGAAGGGUUUAGUUGAUGCUAUUACGCACGAUGCGAGGUAUUCUUUAUCGGAAGAACGUUUACUUCGUGAACAAAUUGAACAUAAUGUAGUUACGCUCCAUAUCGUUCAAGAAGAUCUCGACGAGAAGAUCCAGUGCAAGGUUUUAGAUUGUGAUACGAUAAGUCAGGUUAAAUCAAAAAUCUUAGAUGCGUUGUUUAAAAAUACUCCAUUUUCACUUCGACCUUCGAUUUAUGAAGUUGAUUUAGAAUGGAGACAUGGAAGGGGUGGGCAUUUAACUUUGCAAGAUGAAGAUUUAACUACAAAAACUCUCGGAGGUUGGAAAAAGUUGAACACUUUAGCACAUUAUGGUGUUAAAGAAAGUGCUGUGAUGUCAUUAAUUUCAAGGCAAAAUGAUAGCUUUAAUAAUUGCAAACAACCGUGCCAUAACUGCACAACCGGAAUGUAUUUUAGCAACUCUCAGUCACCGAUAAUAGCAACAAAUGGUGAUAUAGAAACAGGAACAAACAUGAAAAUUUACCACUUAAUUAAGCCAGUUGACGAUCAUCAAUUUCCUAACAGUAAAUCGACAGAGCGUACCCACAAAGCGAUACCUGAAAUAUUUUUAACUCGACUGCUCUCUACAAAAGGAACGGUUCAGAAAUUUGUAGAUGAUUUCUUUUUAACUAUUUUAACUGUGAACGAUGUCCUACCUCCGGCCGUUAAGUGGCUGUUCGAUUUGUUGGAUGACGCCGCUAAAAAGCACGGCAUUCAAGAUCCCGAGGUGGUACACGCGUGGAAAUCAAACAGUCUUCCUCUUAGAUUUUGGGUGAAUUUUAUCAAGAACCCGGAUUUUAUAUUUGAUAUUAAUAAAACUAUGACGCUCGAUUCGUGCUUAUCGGUUAUAGCGCAGACAUUUAUGGACGCCUGUUCAACAACCGAACAUAGACUGGGAAAGGAUUCGCCGUCGAAUAAACUGUUAUUUGCUAAAGAUAUUCCCCAUUAUCGAGAUAUGGUGGUACAGUUUUAUUAUGAUGUAGCAACUCUACCUGUGAUUACCGAUCAAGAAAUGGGAUCAGCAAUGCAGCAGUUAUCGGCCCAACAGGCCGAUGAAUUCGAUACGGUGGCAGCUCUAAAGGAACUCUAUAUUUAUGUUACUAAAUAUAGAGAACAGCUAUUGGAAGCUUUAAAUAGUGAUGGUAAUUGUCGUCGUCUUCACUUGGCGCAAAGAUUAGAAAACGUCGCGUGUACUUUGGAAGGAGAAGAAACUUCGGCUUGCUGACCAAGUUUGUCACCUGAUCUCCUGCUGCCCCAACCCUUCGCGCCCAAUUCCAUGCGCAUUGUGCACUCGCAUGCAUGUGCUUUAUACAAUAAACAUUCUCCGUCGGAGUAACAACGUUUAUGUCGAAUGAUGCCUAUAAAAUAAGGUUUUCUUAUUAAUGGAGAAGCAUGUGGGUGUGCGCGUGCGUGUUAUACUGUGAUAUGGCGCAAGAUCGGGUGACUGAUUGGACGCGUACUUACCCUCCAGCAGCUGCUAGUUUCCUUUUUGAGUGCCUCGCUAUGCUGAUGGAACGGAACUUGGACCGUGUAUACGCGCAAAUGGCGCACUUAUAUAGCACAUUUUGAUUUUAUUCGGCUAGUUUAGUUUUUAAGUAGACACAACAAAUCUUUACUCCGGUUGUAUUUGGCUGACAUUUGUGCGUGUCAUGUGAGUUAUCUUUCGCAAUUAAGUAUUUAUUAUUUUAGGCGUUUUAAGAAUAUGAUUACCUCGCUAUUUCUUAUUUAAUUCAAGUGUCAGUCUACUACAUCUAGUUUAUUGGUCUGUGCCAGAACUGUAUUUAUAUGGAAUCGUCUUCACGUUCAGUGAUUUGUUCGUUACUAUUUUUUAUUACGUUUGACAUAGGAUAAUGUAUACUUGUAUUUCAAAUAUUUUUUUGUACAUAUAUAAAUUGUGCAUAUAGAUAAUUAUAUCGGAUUUAUAAAAGUGUUUAUAUUUAAACGUACAUUAAUUUUUAUAAACAUUACGUUACACUUUUAAUUUUAAGACAGCUCUUCGUAAUUAUGUAAAUGUAAAUUGCGUAACUUUAUAAAUUGUGACCUCUUUUAUAUUUUUAUUUCUCGAAUGUAUUCAGUAUGACUUACUGAAUUUAAUUCACAGAAAGCCUAAUGGUCAUAAUUUAAAAGGAUAACUAGGUUUUUAUAUUCCAAAUGUCGGUGUUGCAAUUUUUAAAUUUUAUAUAGUCAAGUUUUAGGAAUAUUAUUUUUAUCGUAAUUUCUUUUACUUAUAAUGUAACCGUUUAUCGAAUUUUUUACGACUACUUUGCGACAGUUUUUUGAUAUUUUAUUUUAGUAAUGUGAUCGUGAUUUAUAGCUUUUUGUAUAGUAUAUUGUUUAUUGAUAUUUUUUUACUUUUUAUUAAACUUAUCCGCCAAAUUCUUAUGACUUAACUAUGCUUGAUUCUCUCAGUAAUUACAUUAAUGUACUGGUCAAAU